CCGGCGCCUCACGCAGACGCUUGGAGCGUGUCAGUGGACGCGGAGUGCUGUCAGUGAAAAGUCCUGUUUAUCCGCCUGUCUGAUCGAAACGUCAGCAAUUAGUCAGCUCCAAUUAGUUCCCAUUAAGCGGUCAGUCGGGUCCGGACCGCAGAUCUGCUGCUGCUCUUUUCUCCUCCGACGACAGCAGCUGUGAUGUAUGAGUAGAAAGCCUGCCAGGCUCACCCACAGCACCCAGGCUUGUCUCCAGACAUGGACAGGAUAGGGGUAUCGUUUCUGAACCCUUUGGAUGACUACGAGUUAAUCCACCGGAUUGGGUGCGGCACCUAUGGAGAGGUGUUCAAGGCUCGUAAUAUCAGGACAUCUGAACUGGCAGCUAUCAAGAUUGUCAAGCUGGACCCAGGUGAUGACAUCACGUCCAUCCAGCAGGAGAUUACCAUGAUGAAGGAAUGCAAGCACAAAAACAUUGUGGCCUACUUUGGCAGCUACCACAGGAACACCAAGCUGUGGAUCUGCAUGGAGUUCUGUGGAGGAGGGUCACUUCAGGAUAUUUACCAUGUGACAGGCCCAUUAAAGGAGAAACAGAUAGCGUUUGUGUGCCGGGAAACCCUCCAGGGUUUGUAUCACUUGCACGAAACUGGCAAAAUGCAUCGAGAUAUAAAGGGAGCCAACAUCCUUUUGACCGAGCGUGGAGACGUGAAACUGGCUGAUUUUGGAGUGGCAGCAGAGAUCAGUGCCUCUGUGGCCAAAAGAAAGUCUUUCAUUGGAACUCCUUACUGGAUGGCUCCAGAGGUGGCUGCAGUGGAAAAGAAGGGCGGCUACAACCAUCUGUGUGAUAUCUGGGCUGCUGGCAUCACUGCUAUUGAGCUGGCCGAGCUCCAGCCGCCCAUGUUUGACCUCCAUCCAAUGAGAGCACUGAUGUUGAUGUCCAAGAGCAGCUUCCAGCCACCGAGACUAAAGGACAAAACCAAGUGGUCUGCGAGUUUCCAAAGCUUUGUGAAGAUGGCUCUGAUUAAAAACCCUCGUAAAAGACCCUCAGCUGAGACACUGCUGCAGCAUCCAUUUGUGACACAGCUGCUGACUCGUAACCUGAUAAUUGAGCUGCUGGACAUGGCCAAUAACCCUGAGCUCCACACCUCCCACACACACAGCAUGGACGACAACGAGCUAGAGUUUGAGGAAAUGGCUCCUGACAAGAUCCAAUCAGCAGGGAAGCACCUGUCUGUGGAGAGGACUCUAUCUGAAGAACAAUUUGACCAAGUGAAGUUCGGGCCUCCACUGAGGAAAGUCACAGAGCCUUAUCCUGAUUUGCAUAGCUCCUAUGAUGAUGACUGGAGCCUAUCUGGAGAUGAAGACAAUUCGCCGAGCCUGUUGGAAUGUGUGGAGCAAGCUCUGCAGCUGAGGAGUUUAACCAUUCGGAGGGCGCCAUCUGCUGAUGGAGGUAAGAAGAGUGGCUUGUUCAGUCCAUCUACAGCCUCUCUACCAGCCUUCAGCUCUCUAACUCCCGGCACAGAGAACACAGACCUAACAUUGAGACCGAGCUGUACUCUGGGCCCUGACACUGCUGUCACAACAGACUCCCCCUCCACUACAGUCUUGGCCAGGUGCUCAGCCACACAGGACAUCAGACAGCGCUGCAGUGAUCCGUGUCUGACUGCGGGAGAAGCUGUAACAGCAGAGAAGAGGAAAGUUACCACAGUUUGCUCCCCAAAAAGAGAGACACCACUGUCACCAGAGUGGAGCACACUGAGGAAAAAGACUGACGACUCUAGGGCUGAUUGUCAUGGACUUCCUCCUACCCCUCAAGUCCAUAUGGGAGCCUGCUUCUCUAAAGUCUUCAAUGGUUGUCCUCUUAAAAUCCACUGUGCUGUUACCUGGAUUUUUCCCAAAACGAGAGAUCAGUAUCUUAUUCUUGGGGCAGAGGAGGGCAUCUAUACUCUAAACCUUAAUGAACUUCAUGAAGAUACACUAGAAAAGCUCCUCCCACAGCGAUGUACAUGGUUAUACGUGAUGAACAAUGUGCUGAUGUCUGUAUCAGGGAAGUCCUCCCACCUUUAUUCCCACAGUUUGACAGCUCUAUUUGAGCAGAAAGGACAUCUGCAAAAGAAGCACAGCAGUCUGUCACUUGGCAACAACCGCUUCACUGAGAGAAUCAACCCUAGAAAGUUUGCCGUAUCUGUGAAGAUUCCUGACACUAAAGGCUGUCGGAGAUGUAGCGUAGCAAGAAACCCAUACACAGACAGUACGUUUCUGUGUGCGGCGGUUCCAUCUGGCCUGGUUCUACUGUUGUGGUAUGAACCUCUCCAGAAGUUCAUGCAUCUGAAGCACAUGGCAGUAAGGCUACCAGACUCUCUGCCAAUAUUUGAGCUGCUGGUGUUGGUAACAGAUGAGUUUCCCCAGCUGUGUGUUGGGGUGAGAGACUGUAGUAAUGGGAAAGCUCCAACCAGCCAGCAACUCCAGUUUGAUGUCAUAGAGCUGAACGGCACACCUGUUUCAGUACCAGAUAGUGGAGCACUCAAAGCCAUGCAAGUCAUCCAACUGGACCGUGACACUGUUUUAAUUGCAGUGGAAAAAACUGUAAAAAUCGUGAACCUGCGAGGACUUCCAUCCAAAGAGCUGGCUGCAGAGAUGGUCUUUGACUUCUCCAUUGAAACACUAGUCUGCUUGCAGGAUAGUGUGCUGGCUUUCUGGAAGCAUGGCCUCAAAGGGAGGAGUUUUCAUUCAGACGAGGUAACACAAGAAAUUACAGACGAGAGUCGGGCAUUCAGAGUUUUGGGAACAAACAGGGACAUCAUCCUUCAGAGCACACCCACUGAUGACCCCUCCGCACUGAGCAACCUAUACAUCCUUACUGGACAUGAAAGCAGCUACUGAGAGAGAAAAUGCCUCAUUUCAAUAGUCACACUGAACAAAAGCAUAAUCUGUUCUAUAACCUUGUGGUAGAAAUGAUGCCCUGUUUCACCGAAGCUGUAGCAGGCACCAGCACCAACUGACUCCACCACCUCCCUGCUGAGAAUGACGAAUGUCAGGAUGGGAGUCAGUUGCUCAUCCAAACUCAAACUGUAUUUUGUUGGUGAAGUCAUGUACAGGAGGGAGUUUUAAACGUGGUCUGUCAGUUUCUAACACUUGGAGGUGCCAGUUAAAUCUGCAAAAGCCAAGAUUUUGAUGUGUCUUUCAUCUUACCAGCCUAAAUCACAGCAUGACGGCAGCAGAGGAGGUCUAUUCAUUCUUGUAAAAGGAAUUUGCUGCCAUCUGUUGGACCACUGACUGUAGAGGAACAUAACAAAACAUUUAUUAUGCUGUUGUCUUUGUUACUAGAACCAGUAUAUUUGGUCAGCUGAGAAGAGACGAUCGAGAUAAGUGGGAUAGACUGGCACACAGCAGAAAAAGUGGUAGAAUAUAUAUCUUUCUCAAGGGAUUUCUGUGGAGUCUGACAGUUUUUAGUGCCAGCAUCUAGUGUACAUCAGUGGUACUGCAGCGCAAAACAUUUUGACUGGCUGCACCACUCAGCCACAGGGGUUGCCGUUUUUGGGUAUAGUUUUCUCCACACAGUAAUGUGGUCCACCUACUGUAAUUGUGCAUAUUGCUUCAAUUUGCUCAAGAAUAUUAAACCCAAACUUAGUGUAUAGAGCAUUAUAUUGUUGAUGCAGCGCAGCUUUAACCAUUAAAUGUCCAACACUGCAAUCAUAGAAGGACAGAAAUUUGGUUUAAAUGCAAAAACAAGUGUCGCUUUGCAUACAAUCACCACAAUAGCACAUAGAGCAAGUGGUAAAGAAAAGGGAGAGUUUUGACCAAGAAUAGGAACAAAACCUUUGCACUUAAAAGAAUGCAAGGUGGACAGCAGCAGUAUUCUGUUUAUGAAUGGACAGUACUAUUCAAAACACACAACACAGUUAUAAAUUCACAACUCAUAAGCGUAACAUCUUUUUAAAAAACUGGCGAAUGAAUAAUUAUAAACCUUAUAGGGGGCAUAUUUCACCAUGACAUUUUCAACAUUUACAGUAAACAUGAGGCCUCAUUGUGUGUCUGUGUAAAAUCUCUGGUUGUAUGUAUACUCUGACUAGCCAGUACCGCAGUAGAUUCUCCCUUAGAACCACAGAGUCUGUUGUGGGUUUUAGGAAAAUAAAUGAAAGCUUGAACAUGUAGCCAAAUACGUUUUUGUCAAGGACCAUCGGAACACCGUAUUAAAAUACAUUUUAAAAUAUGAUGAAUGUGCUAGCUUGCCAGAUUUUUCAUUUUGUCACAAUGUUGAGAGAUCCCCAAGUAUUAGAAUUUUUCCCAUGGGUGCCCAACACACCUUUAAAAUGUGACUAUAUGUCCUUCUUCCUAAAUAAUUUAACUCCAACAUAGGACAAAUGUACAUUCAAAUACAUGAGGUGCCAUAGAAAGUCAAUGCAAUUAAAUUGUACUUGUGCUUGUUUGACUAAAAUGUAAAUUCCACUACAUUAGAGUUUUGUGUGUAAUGAUAUUUAUGUUAUUUAUGGAAAGGAACCUAUAUAACACUCACCUUUCCCUGAGGAAUACUUGAAAGACAGAAUAUGCAUAUGGUUAUUUGUUUUUUUAAGAUGUUUUUAUUAUUAUAGUAUGCCGAUAUUAUGUACAUAACAAUACAGUAUGCUCUUACAGUGUGGAGAGGUUUUAAUAUGAAAAAUAAAGAUUUUAAUAUCUUA